AUGCUGCUUCCCAACAGCGUCUCCCGCAGGGCACAAACCCCCCACCGGAGCCCCAAACAGUCACUCACUUCCCAUUCGAGAUCGUCGUCAGUGAAAUCGCAGUCCAGUCUAUCAUUAUCAGCACCUAAUGCUGCAGCAAAUAGCUCUAAUACUCUCCAUUCACCGAAUACGUCCUUGCACUCCUUUUUUUUCUCAAAGUCUCCCUCCAUUCGUAAAAACGGGAAUAGGAAUUCCACCAUUACUAACAGUAACAACGGGAAUAACAAUGAGAAUAUCAAUACCAAUAGCAAUACCAACAGCAAUACCAAUAACAUCAACAAUGGCGGCAAUAAUAUACCCUUUCAGUCGGCAGAUCUCAGGAAAGAUACCAUCAAAUCCUUGGAUCAGUACCUUUCAAAGUUCGUCAGCAUCAAAAUACCAUCGGGAGCAUCGGCAUCGUCUUCGUCGGCUGCAACCUCAAGGGCAAACAUUCUUCGUUUGCACUUGUUGCCUCAAUUGAGGUAUCCAAUCAGCCCGUUUUCCAAUCUCCACGAGUUUCUAUCGACCUCAAUAUCCGACCUUAAUCCAGAACUACUUUUAUUGGAAGCAAAGACUUUGUUGAAUUGGUGGACAGAAUUACUCAACAUUGUUUUCCUAGAUUAUCAAACCGUCUCCUCUCUAGAUAGAAAUUGCUAUUACGAAUCUGUCUCAAGGCUGUUCUCUCAUAACAUUUGGCUCUUGUUUCAAAUAAAUCACUCAUAUUCUUCUCAAUUCUCAGACAUGUAUGAUAGUUAUAAAUCUUUACUAAUGAAAACUUUCGAAUUGGCUUACUUGAAAAUCAACUCAAAAUCCUUGUCUGUUUCAAUGUCCAUAUUUAUUGGGAAAGUGUUUGCUUAUGCCUUCUUCAACUUGAAUGACAUAUCUCGGGGAUUAUCCUUUUUGUUAAAUACUAAGCUUGUCAAGUAUAAGAAAAUCUUCAAUUUAUUCGUUAAUCAUUCAUUCACAUCAAACCCUAAAAAUGAAUAUUCAAUUGUAUUCAACCAGGUAUUGGCUGACUUGAAAACUCAAUUUCCCUCUCAUUUGACGCAUUUUAUAACUUCAACCUCGCACCCAAGAGAUGUUAACUAUAUUAUUGAAUCCCAUUUCAUCAAUUCAGUCCCUCCACCUCGUGAUAAAAUCAAUGGCAUUAGGGAAACAAAAGGUAUUUGGGUCUCUAGAUGGUCCUCAUACGACAGUAUAUCAAUAUUUUGUUCAUUUUUCAGAAAUUAUUUAUCUUACUCAUCAGUUUAUUUGAGAACGUUUCCGUCUUUGAUCAUUGAUGAGCUUCACAUAUACGGUAUUCCUGGUUUUAUGUGUUUCAUGACUCAUAUUAGUGAAAUAUUCAAUCACCAAAUUCGUAAAUCAAUUGCCAAAAAUUCUCAUACUCCCAAUAAAUUCAAAAACUUCAAUUUAUCAACUCCUACAUCAGCUACCUCCUCAACUUCUUCAACAUAUAACGACAAUAUCCUUAUUGUACCAAAAAUAUCAUUGGAAUCAAGUAUAGAGAAAUGUUUUAAUGUUUUUAGAGACACUAUCUUUAACCCAAGGAAUGAAUACGAGAAACUUUUGAAAGGGGGCUUGGUAAAAUCAUUCGAAAAUAUAAUCAAGCUGAUUGUCGUUAAAACAAGCUUGCUGGAUAACGUAAUGGUUGAUAUGGUAAUGGAUAUUUUCACACAGUUCCUCAAACAUAUUGAAACACCAUCUUCUUUCUCUGAUAGUAAUAAUGCAGAAAAUUUUUCUUAUUUAGAUUGGACUUUUUGGCUGGACGUUCUGGUGCGUUUGGUAGAUUCUGACAAUUUGAGUUGUCAAGUAAAGGCAUUAUCUACAUUAUAUCAAAUCUGGGACCUCAUACCAUCACAUGUGUUCACUUCAGCCAAUGGACGGUGGAUCUUGUCCCCCUCUGAGCCAAUUAAGCUCAAUUUGAUCUAUUAUCUUGUCAGCGAUCACCAUUGGUUUAGCUUUUUUGGGCAUUACAUGCCUUUGGUAAGAAACAUUUAUAAUAAAUUACUUAUUUGGAAAAUAUUAGGCCUAUCAUCAAUUGAAAAUAUAGUACUGGUUCAUGAAAACUUUAAAAGGCAAGAUUUCAAAGAUGAGAGCAAAAUUAAGGUACUGAUUCUGUCAAAAUUGAUGAGUACUUACUAUACCACAGAAAACGUUAUAUUCAAACCUACCGAUCCAAUACUCAAUAAGAAAUUCCAGAUAGUCAAACAUGAGGGCAACGAUGAUAGAAAUAGGGACAAAAAAUCAAGGCUUUAUCCUUUUGAAGUUUUAGAUGAUUCUGCUUACAUUAACAAUAGAUCAAAAUCGAAAAUAUCUAAAAGUAAAAGUGAAGCAUCAAUUACAAGCAAAUCUAAAUUUUCAAGCUCUUCACUGGGUAAAGAUAAACUUUCAAAGAAAAAAUGGAUGGGCAAUCUCUUCAAGAAAACUUCUAGCGCCUCUUCCAAUUCAUAUAAAGAUGAUAAUUCAAGUGGUGGAUUAUCUAAAUUUUUAGGCUUAAGUAAUAGAACGGAGAGAAAAGAAGUUUCCAACUCUAAUAAUAUAGCAUCAAACUCUUCAAUGUCAUCAGUAUCCUCUUCUUUUUCAUCACUUGAGCUGAAUUCUGUGGAUGCAAAUUCCACUCUAGAAGUAAAUGAUCAAAGUCAUUCGAUUGAUUAUUCCAAACCUCCUGAGUGGACAAACAACACUGAUAUAGCCAACGAACUAUGGGAAUUCAAACUAUUGAGAAAUGAUUCAAAAAUCAAAUCAUAUUUGAGUAAAUUAAACCAGAUCAAUGAUAAGGACGCUAUCCUUAAGUAUUCUAGAGAUAACGAUGAGAUUCUUAUCAUUAAUGAAGAACCUAGGUUACCACGUGUUAAGAUCACCAAGAAAAAUGAUUAUUUGAUAAAACAUGAUAUGGAAUCAGUAGAAAGCCUUAUUGAUGAUGAGAUUGGUGAUGAUGACAUUAUCGAUUUACAAGGUGGAUUCGAUGAUUUUGAGGGUUUGGGUUCAUUUGAUUUGAACAAUAACAAACAUGAUCCGUUUUCAACAGGGACAAUUAUAUAUCAUGAUGGAAUUAACGAUAGCAUCAAGAACGUUAUCAAAAAUACACCAGCAUCUCAAAUGUAUUUAGCAAAUGGUAUAUUGGAAUAUAAUGAAGAGGUUAAACGGUUUGAAACUUUUAUGCAAGAGAAAUGUAACAAUAUUUUAUCGGUAGUUCAAGCAGAUUUUGAAAAUUCGACAACUAACGAUAGUUGGGAUCAUGAAUCCAAUACCGCACUAAGCAAAUCUUCGUCUUCGCUAUUAGAGAUUAAGUUGGAGACUAAUUUUGGAGGGAAUUAUAGAAUAACAAACUCAGAUUAUGAGAAUCUGAAAAAACAAAUACCUAGCAUAGUACCUGAAUUAGGGACUGAUAAAGUAAAUGCAUUUUAA